CGCGACAACUCUCUUGUAUAUAAAAGAGAACGUUACGAAUAUCCCGUGAAUAUUCUUCCACGCAUCGUGACGGUAUUUCCAAACAUUAACGAAAGUAGAAAUUCGAACAGAAAUUGAUUUGUUUCUCAAGGAGGAUGGCCUUUUUGUUGAACACUUUGAUUAUAACGUUGUUAUCAAUUGUUGCCUUUACAUCUUUGAUAUAUGGGCAAGAAGAUUCGACAGGAAAAGAACCGGUAUCAAGAGUAUGUCUGGGAUGUAUAUGCGAAGCUGCUUCUGGGUGUAACAUUACAAUCGGUUGUGAUGGAUCUGUUUGUGGACCAUUUCGUAUAACAUGGGCUUAUUGGGCUGACGCUGGCAAACCAAUUAUUAACGAUAGUAUGACACAAGAUGCGUAUCCACGAUGCGUGAACGAUGUACACUGUGCAGCUCGUGCAGUAGAGAAUUAUAUGUCGAAAUAUGGUCAGGACUGUAACGGCGAUGGCAUUAUCAAUUGUGAUGAUUAUGUUCGUAUUCAUCAAUUAGGAGCAUACGGAUGUACUAGUUCUUUAAACUCAAAAUUCGAAAAUAUUUAUAAGCAUUGCAUGCAGACUUUCCAGAAUCAAUAAUUGGUAAAUGAUAAUAUAUAAACAUUUAACUGUAAGAUUAUACUACACAUGUAUACGUGUGUGUGUUCCAAUAAAUUAUAAAAACAAAUACAUAAGAAUAA